AUGCAGUUUCUGAAAGGGGCGGGUUGGCCAUCACAGCCUCAGCAGCCGGUUCGCGUCCCGGCAGCCCAAGAACGCGAAUCAAAGCUUCCAGCACCACAAGUCAGCGACAUAGGUCCAACGGGCAGGCUCAAUCCACUAUAUUUUGGGUUGACGGGUGGGGGAGGGGCACCACUACAGAGGGGCCUACACGAUUGGUGGACAGCUUACCAGAGACCCACUCAGAUACCUAGUUCUUCCCAGGGUACCUUACCGGUAGGUGCUGCUGCGCAGGUGCCUGUGGAAGCUCCCAUCGUAGCUCUUCGAGCAGCUAAGCUUCCUCUAAACCUCAACAGACCGCGACGCACCCCCAAGGAGCUCGUCGAACCCGAUCCGAAGCUCAGGGUAGCUCCGUUCCUUGCCUCGGAUCCCUCCAUUGCAGCCUUUCUCUACGCCAGGCCGAGCCAUUGCCUCAUCAUCCCCGCCCAGGCCCGCCGACUUUCUGGUACUCCAUCGACCAAACGACAAUGCCAAUGCGAGCCUCCAGUUGACGGUACAUCCAGCACAAUGACGGACGCUUCCGAUCCCGAUCGCGAUGGUCCCACCGCUGCACAGAAAGGCAAAGAGCCUGAGACGGCCGAGACUGUGACUGCGCCGGAGGAAUUGGCCGCGACCAAGUCCGAGAAAGAAUUGAAGAAGGACCAUGAUGGCACGGACAACAAGGAGAAGGAAGAGGAGGAUGAGGAAGACGAUGAUGAGGACGACGAGGACGAUGAAGAUGACGAUGAAGAAGACGACGACGACGACGAUGAAGAUGACGACGAUGAAGACGAUGACGAGGAGCCCCGGCUGAAGUAUGCCAGGCUCACUCAACACCUGGGGCCCAUUUACCGCAAUGGUGAUGCCACCAGCGCGUUCCUCGUCGCGGGUGAUAAGAUGAUCAUAGGAACGCAUAACGGCAACAUCCAUGUCAUCCAAUUGCCCAUGUUCCAAUCUCUCCGCGUGUAUCAUGCCCAUUCCGCUUCCAUCACCAGCAUCUCCAUCUCCCCAAACCCACCCCCCUUGCCGACAGCAAGGUCAGAAGCAGUGCAAAGACUUGCUCAAGAAGCUGCUGAAAGCGUCGCAAAACAACGACCGCCUUCUCGUCAGUCGGGCAGUUCCCCUGCCGCCGCCUCGAGAAGGCCUAAGGAUCCUUCUCCCGUCUCCAACACACCCUCUAAUAACGUCCACAUCGCUACAUCGUCCAUGGACGGCAACGUCUGCGUCUUUUCUCUCGUAGAUACAAAGGAUGUUCAGUUGCGGAACUUUGCGCGUCCUGUGCAAGCCGUCUCACUCUCCCCCGAUUACAAGAAUGACCGGACAUACCUUUCGGGUGGUCUCGCUGGGCAACUUAUCCUAACGACCGGAGGCCAGCCGGGCCGUAGCACCUCGACGACCGUCGGAACGGCGGCUGCCACCGCUUCUGGCUGGCUUGGUAGCAUGGGCUUGGGUACCAACACAGGCAAGGACACGAUCCUGCACUCUGGCGAAGGCACAAUCAAUAAUAUCAAGUGGUCACUCUCCGGAAAGUACGUAGUGUGGCUGAACGAGCAUGGCGUGAAGAUUAUGCGGUCAAAGUUGCAUCUGGAGAGUGCCGACGCGGACGACGCCUGGAAACGCAUUGGCCACGUAGAUCGUCCUCAAACAGAUGAGUGGGAGACCAUGGCAAGCGUCUGGAAAGGACGCGUCGAAUGGAUCGACGAGCAAGCUGUCGAGACCGAAGACGGGGAGGCUGGGCGCAAAGACGUUGGCUCAACGCUGGCACCCGAAAGCUCAACGCAACAAGGAACCUCAAGUACCAAGAAGAUCGAGAGACUACUGGUUGGCUGGGGAGGCACAAUCUGGAUCAUCCACGUCCACCCCGGCAGUGUUGGUACUGGUAAGCGAGCUGGUGAAAAGUCGAUUGGACGUGCCGAAAUCGCCAAACACCUUCGUAUGGAUUGCAUCAUUUCUGGAAUUUCGUUAUAUACCCAAAAUCUUCUCCUUGUACUAGCAUAUGUAUUACCGGACGACGACGAAGACGAUGAUGAUGAGAAGGCCGGCAAGGGUCACAAAUCGAAACUAUCAACAACGUCAGCGAGUAGCGAGCCAUCUGGCGGAAUACGACGCCGACAGAACAAUUUACCGCCGGAACUCCGAUUAAUCGACCUGAGCUCGCAAGCCGAAGUCGAUAAAGAUGGCCUUAGUGUAAGCAGAUAUGAGAGGCUGUCAUCGGGCGACUACCAUCUCGGCGUUCUCCCUGCACAGAACGCAGCCUCGGCCGUGGCCUCAUCCAAGGGAGCCCUGGAAGCAAUCACUGGAUUUGGCUCAGAUAUGUGGAAUGCCGCCAUCAAUCCCAGGACACUAUUUAGCUCUGGUGCAAGUAUCAGGAGUGGACACAGCGGAGACGGCGUCUCUAGCACGCAGCUCCCGAGCUCAGUUAGUGGCGCCCGGAGAUCAGGAACUCCUACAGUCCAUCCCAACCUCAUCAAGCCAGGAGUAAAGAUCUUCAUUCACAGCCCAUUCGAUUUCAUUCUCGGAACGAAGAGAGACCUUGGCGACCACUUGGGCUGGCUGCUGGAGCACCAAGACUAUCAGAAAGCAUGGGAAUUGCUUGACGAGCACCCCGAGAUCAUGUCUGCGCCUCCAGAGAACCUUCAUGAGCUCGUUCCAACAACGCCAGACAGAAAGCAAAGCAGCCAAGAGGACUUUGACGAUGCCUCAUCCGUCAUGGGGUCUACAGGGCUAGCAAGACAGCCUAAUUCCUCGGCGCAGAGGGAGAAGAGACGCAUUGGCGAGCUUUGGAUUCGGGAGCUGAUUGAGGCAGGUAGCUGGGCUGAAGCCGGUAAAGUGUGUAGCAGAGUCCUUGGCUCUCCCGACAGAUGGGAAAAAUGGGUCUGGACAUUUGCUGGCGCCGACAAGUUCGACGAGAUCACGGACUACAUUCCUUCUGAGCCGAUGUACCCGCCGAUCCCAGGCACAAUCUACGAAGUCGUCUUGAAUCACUACAUUCAGGCAGACAAGCUGAGAUUCAGAGAACUGCUAGACCGCUGGCCGACUGAUCUCUUUGACAUCAAGACCGUCACGACAGCCUUGGAUAACCAGCUCAAGUACCGCGAUGUACGAGAGGACAGCGUCGAGGGGGGUGAGAAGGGUCGCGACUGGAAGAUUGUGAUGGAGUCAUUGGCACGCUUACACGAGGCAAAUGGACGCUUCAGGGAAUCGCUCAAAUGCCACAUCAAGCUACAAGAUGCGGACUCUGCGUUCCGCUUGAUCCGCGACAACCAUCUCGCCGAAGCAGUGACUGACGACAUUCCCGGCUUCAUCGGAUUGCGAGUGCCGAACAAAAAACUCGGAACCAUGGGGCCAGACGAGCUUGAAGCCGCUACCUCGGAGGCCAUCACUCUCCUCGUUGACGAAGCACAGCAUGGUCUUGUCAAGCCUUCUGUGGUUGUAUCGCAGCUUGAGGAGAAGGAACUCAACCUAUAUCUCUUCUUCUACCUGCGCGGUUUGUACAAGGGCGAGGGAAUAGAGGAGCAUUCCGGGGAGACUCGCGACAGGCUGCUGAUGGACAGCCAAUCCCAAGUUAACGAAUUUGCGGACAUGGCUGUUCAACUGUUCGCCAAGUACGAUCGGGACCUUUUGAUGAGCUUUCUAAAGUCCUCGACCUCCUACAAAUUCGAGAAGGCUGUCCAAGAGUGUGAAAAGUACAGAUACGACGACGAGUUGGUACAUUUGUACUCCAAAACGGGCGAGAUGAAACGAGCGCUCUAUCUCAUCAUUGAUCGAUUGAAGGAUGUCAAGAAGGCAAUCGAUUUUGCAAAGCAACAAGACGACCCUGAUCUCUGGGAUGAUUUGUUGAACUACAGCAUGGACAAGCCCAGCUUCAUCCGCGGCCUUCUCGAAGAAGUCGGAACGGCCAUCAAUCCCAUUAAGCUCGUGAGGCGCAUUCCUGAAGGACUCGAAAUCGAAGGCUUGCGAGAGGGCCUAAAACACAUCAUGAAGGAACACGAGAUUCAAUACAGUAUCAGCUCGGGUGUUGCGCGGGUACUCCGAAGUGAGGUCGCCGCCGCACAAAAUGACCUGCGAAGUGGGCAGCGGAAGGGAAUCAAGUUUGAAGUCGUCGUUCAAUCAACGGAUCAUGUCGACGUCAAGGUCAGAGACGUCGUGCAUCCGCCAGUCAGUGCGGAGGAAGUGGAAGAGAGCUUCUUCAAAGCACCAAAGGCGGUGGAACAGCCUGGCCACACGCAUCAGCCGCCGAAGCCUGGCCACUGCGCUCAGUGCCACGAGUCCUUCACAGAGUACGAGAUGGAAACCUUGGUUGGAUUUGCUUGCGGGCACGUCUUCCACCAGUCACAUCUCAUGGAAAUGCUUUACCCCGGCAAGAGACAAGAGGCCGACUUUGGGCUGGCUAGCGAGGAGUCGAUCCGAAGCGGGUAUCGCGUUGGCUCAAAGGUUACGCAUGCGCGGUUGCUCAAGGACCGAGUGCGGGAGGGUUGUCCUGUCUCGGCACAGCCAUCUUUUGAUCUUCGGGCCUUGCUCAUUCUCAUUACACCCGAACGUGAAGAUAAUCUGGAUGCGAAUAGCAACAUUAAUGUUCAGAUGGUUGGUCACUACGUUGCGUCGAUUGGCGCACUCCAAGAAGCACGGGCCGGGCGGCAGGUCACCUCACUCUCCCCCAACCCCCCCACACGGCACCAGGUACCCCACGCCCACGUUUCCACCUGGAUGGCGCGAACGACAUGUCACUCCUUCAACCUCGGCCUGGAGGGGAAACGAUAUGGCGUUUUGGGAUACCUACCGGAGCCGGGCUCAAGGGAGGCUGAGCUAUGGGAGCUGAACCGAACGCAAUCUCCUUUCCUGCGCCUCCCGCCAGAAAUACGCAACAAGAUCUACCGUCUCCUCCUAUCCAACAUGGGCAUCCACGUCCUCCACGACCCUAAAACGGGAUCCUUCCACUGCCUCACGCUCCGACCCGGCGCGAACCCCUGGACCUCCGUCCCCGCGACUACUUCAUCCCCCACGAGGCAGAUAGUAGAACCAGAAAGAGGAGAUACCACCACCAAGACCGGCACCAAGAAGAACAGGUCUUCACGACAGCAGGCCGCGGUCCUGGGACGGGGGCUGACACUGCUGGUGCUGGUCUGUAGACAGCUCUACCACGAGACGGAGCUGAUUCCAUACCGCGAGAACGCGUGGAGCUGGGCUACGCCGGGGUUGAUGGAGCGGUAUCUGCUUACGGAGCGGCGGAUGGGGUUCGCGCAGAGGAGGGUGCUGAGGGAGGCAGAGGGUCUGGCUAUAGAGGAGGGCAUUGUACUCUAUGGCAUCUACGAGACAUGA